AAGAUUAAUUGCUUGUUGAUCUCUGUCGACGCUGGUUGACAUGUGGUGCUUGAUUCUGUCAGCGGACGAAGGGAAAUUUAACGAGGAAAAGAAAAGAUUCAUAGCGUGCAUGAUAAAUGUAAAAAAUAUGAAUACAUUGCAUUUGAAUAUAUUAGUGUCAAACUUUACAGCUGUUGAACAGCUGUAAAGUGGAAAUAAUUGUGAAUGCUCCGAAAUUUUGCUAGAAUGAAAAGCGUUUACGUGAGAUAGCAUUAAUACGUCAAGUGUUAUCAAGAUAUUGAAAAAGAAGAGUGAGAGGGAGGGAGAGAGAAAGAGAGAGAGAGACAAAACAAAACACUUUUGUAAAACAAUCUGUAUCAGUUGAUGGCCAAAUUAAUUUGACCCUUAUUUCUAAUUGGGUCAGUAUAGGCCAUUAUAAAUUCAAAGAAGAAGGAAAAGUGAAACAAUCUUGCAUGCAAUAUGAAUUCCUCGUAUCUGCGAAACUGGCCAAUCUUCAGCUUGCUGGAGCGAGAUACUAUUUCACAAAUUCAUAUGGUCAUGGUAUAUGGUACUUUAGGCAAUGAGGCUCUACUUGUGAUGAAAGACAAGUCUGUGUAUGGCUUAGGCAACAACAUUGCUGGAUGUUUGGGAAUCAGCGAUGCCCAUAGCACAUUGUAUCCAAAGAAAAUAGAAGUCUUGUGCGACAAAGAUAUAAAGACGUUUGCCUGUGGCAGUGGACCUCACGUUUUGGCGCUCACAGAGAAGGGAGAGGUAUAUUCCUGGGGACACAACAGUUACUGCGAAUUAGGAAACGGAACAUGCAAUCAGGGUCUCACACCAAUUCUAGUGAAUAUACCCACUUUAGGAGCUGGAUUGAAUAUGAAAUGCAUUGUGGAUGUUGCGUGUGGGAGCCAUCAUUCUCUCGCUCUCACUGAAGAGGGAGAGGUGUAUGCCUGGGGACAAAAUAAUUGUGGACAAGUGGGUAGCAAUAUCAGCACGAAUCAGGGCUCGCCGCGACAAGUGACCUCCAAUUUGGCCGGGAAGAAGAUUGUUCAUAUCUCCUGCGGUCAGACCUCCAGCAUGGUGGUAACCGACAACGGCGAGGUAUAUGGUUGGGGCUACAAUGGAGUCGGCCAGCUGGGAAUAGGCAACUAUGUAAACCAGAUGACCCCGAGUCGAGUUGGCUCGUUGAUAGGCGUUGUAAUAAUCAAGGUGGCUUGUGGAUACGCGCAUACGUUGGCGCUCUCAGAUGAGGGGAAACUCUACGUCUGGGGUGGGAAUAGUUAUGGUCAAUUAGGCAUCGGCAAUAAAACGAACGCCUGUAACCCAGUCUUGGUCACGCACGAAAUGGGAAGGAUCUCCGACAUUGCUGCCCUGCACUACAAUCACAUAAGCACAGCCGUUGGCGUAGGUGGACGGGUCUACAUGUGGGGUAACUGUCGCGGGCAGAGCAUCUCGACUCCGACUCCCACUCCGUUUACGGAUAUGCACGACACAUUCGCGUGCUACGGGUGGCCCAGCGUCAUGUACAAACCAUUGAUUUUGCAUGAGAACGAGGAUUCGAGUAUAUUGGAGUGUCUGGGAACUGCGUUUGACGAUUCCUCGACGAGCGAUCUCACGAUACAAGUGAACGGGCAAGCCAUCCACGUCCACAAGGCUAUUCUGAAGAUUCGUUCUUCGUACUUCAGGACCAUGUUCCAGCAUAAUUGGGCGGAAAACAAUCAGAGUAUCAUCGAGCACGAUCAAUUUUCCUACGUCGUGUAUAAAGCCUUUCUGAAAUACUUGUACACCGACUUGAUCGAUCUACCUACAGAAAAGGCGUUAGAGCUCCUUGAUUUGGCGAACGCGUACUGCGAGAACAAUCUUAAAAGGCAUUGCAUCCAGAUGAUAAAGCAAGGGAUCAGCAUAUCCAAUGCGGCAUAUCUGUACAGCGUCGCGAUCGAGUACAACGCAAAGGAACUCGAGGAGUUCUGCUUCAAGUUCGCCUUGAAUCACAUGACAGCCGUGACGCAGACGGAGAAUUUUGCCAAGCUGGACGAGAACACGGAUUAUACGUUUCGACGGAAAUGGACGGAAAUCGCCAAAUCUGUCUGUUGUUGCACGAGUAUUUGCGACACGAUUCCUAAUAGUCGCAUAGACUGACGAACGCGAAGUCGCGUUUUAGCGACUCGCUUCCUCUCGCAUUUAUCUCGUAGCAUUUCUCGCGUAAGUAAUAGAAAUAAAUUGCGCACUUUUUAGCCGUGCACUCUAGUCGGCGCAUUCCGACAAUAAGUCGCAAAAAACAAUGCCAUUUAUCUCACAUGAGAUUUUUUUCGUGAUACCUACUUGGAUAAUAAAGGCGAUUUUUUUAUAAGAUACUUUAGAUUAUUUUAUUGGAAUCUGUUUGUUUGAAUAAAGAGACAAGACAGUGUUUUCGUACAAUUAAAAAUUAAUCUCGCCAAUUGAUUAAUCGCGUGUCAAAUCUGUGCCCAAUGAAAAUUCAAUUUUAUUUAUUAUAAAGCAGGUGAUUUUUUAUAAGAUAUUUGAGAUUAUUAUAUUGGAAGCAAGACAAUAUUAUUCGCUGUUGCAGUAAUUAAUAAUUAAUCUCGCGAAUCGGUUAAAUCGUGUCAAAUCUGUGUCCAAAGAUUGAAAACACGAUUUUAUUUGUUCCUGAUAUAGCGUGAUCGUUCCAUUUUACAACGAUUCUACAUAAAUUUUCUGUUUUUUUAUCAGAUGCGAUUUUUAAUCUCACAUCUAGUUAUAUGUAUCUGGAUAGUAAUAAACAUUUUCAACACCGCCAACAG